AUGGAUGAAAAAGAAAAGCAAUAUACUCAGUGGACUCUGGAUGAAACGAAAGUGUUGGUCGAACUACUUGUCGAGGGUAUUCAACGUGGAUGGCGUGACACUAGUGGUGUAAUGAAUAAGGCAACGGUGGAACAUAAAAUACUACCGGUCCUUAAUGAGAGGCUUGGAUGCCAAAAGACCCAUAAGCAUUAUAUGAGCAGAAUGAAGUACCUCAAAUCUAAAUACGAUAUGUAUACGGAUCUUCAACGUUUCAGUUCGGGUUUUGGAUGGGAUCCAAUUAUGAAAAAGUUUACAGCUUCUGAUGAAGUAUGGCAUAAUUAUUUUAAGGCACAUCCACGUCACAAGUUUUUGCGCUAUGAAUCUAAUGAACAGUUUGAAGAUCAUGUGAGCAACAAGAUACUUAGUGUCAUACAACAAAGAGAAGAACGACAACAAAAAGAAGCUGAAAAACGAGAGGAAAAGUUAAAACUGGAAGUGGAGAAAAAAGAAGCUGAGAAAAAGAAAAACAAUGUUUGGGAUGCUAUGAAAGAAGUUCCAAAUUUGGAUCAGCGUAUCAAAUUUAAAGCGGUUACCCUAAUCUACUCUCUGGGAAUGAAAGAUGUGUUUACGGAUAUGUCGGUCGAAGAACGCUAUGGUUGGAUCCAAAGCAACAUUAGCUCCGACUGA